UUUGUUUAAAAGUUUAAAAUCUUCAAUUGAAUAAUUUUAUAAAGUCGUUUUUGUUUUGUUUUUAAAUAAAUAUUAGACAUCAAUUAAUUAUUCUAAGCGAAAAAUGAUACACAUUUCAAAUAUUUAAACAAAAGCAGUUGCGCACUGUCUGUAAACUGGGGUCUCCAAGGUAAAACGGACAAAUUAAAACUAGUUCGGGGGCUUAAUCCGCCAUGAAACUGCUAUGGCAGCAUAUAGAUAAAUUGUUCUAUCAAACACAACCGCUUAAAUACAGAAGUUUAUUUUAAAGAGGGGUUCAAGAGCAGAAACUGCUUUUUCAGCCUUGUCUGUGUUUUCCGCCAUACAUAAUAUAAUAUAAACUUGUGCUGAAAAAAAAUGUUUUUAAAAAUCAGGCAUUGUAAGCAAUUACUCACAAUGUUACUCAUUCCUUGAGUAUUCUUUUUAACAUAAAAUUUUAUUACUUGAGUAAAUAUUUAGAUGACUACUGUUGCUUGAGUAAUAUUAUUUAGAAUUAAUGCUACUUUUACUUCAGUAAAAUAUUUGGCUACGCGACCCACCACUAACUGUAAAUCAUUAGUUUACUCAUAUUGCCAUGAUAUGAAUCUAUGAAUAUAGUUUAAUAACUGCUCAUGUGUUUUUACUUACAUAUUACAGUAAAUGAAAGGCAUUGUGUCACAUGGUAAAAGGUGGGGCAACAAGGGAGGAGCACCAGCAUUGAGGCACAUAAAUACUUGUUCUCUCUUGUAUGGUUUUACAGUUGGUCACUGUGCAAAAAUGUCUUGGACUGAUGCUUUGGUCGUUAUUGGUGGCUUAACAUUAGUUUUCUACGCGAUGAAAUGUGCCUGGAAAUGUUGCUGCGGAUUCAGAGACUUCAUAUUAUCAUCAAUUUGGCAAGUGGAUUUAAGGAGUUACGGCCAAUGGGCAGUUGUAACAGGAGCCACAUCUGGCAUUGGUAAAGCAUAUGCCAUGGAGCUAGCUCAAAGAGGCCUGGACAUUGUUUUAGUAAGCAGAUGUGACGAAAAGCUUCGGCAGGUCGCUAAAGAGAUUGAGGAUCAACACGGUCGAAAGACUCACUCCAUCCUAGUGGACUUCACUCACGGUCAGAACAUUUACCCUCUUAUCGACAAGCAACUACAAGGUCUGGAGAUUGGAAUUCUGGUUAACAAUGUGGCAAUGUCCUAUUCUGAUGAUUUUGCCACAUUCCUCGAAAUCCCGAACGCCGAACAGAAAAUCACAGCCAUUCUCGACUGUAACGCGCUCUCUGUUGCUCAGAUGACGAGAUUGGUUCUUCCCGGCAUGCUUGAAAGAAGGACAGGCUUGAUCAUCAAUAUCUCAUCGCAAAUGGGACUCCAUCCACAGCCUCUGUUGGCGCUUUACUCUUCCACUAAGGCAUUUGUGAGCUUUUUCUCUCAGUGUCUUCAUGCUGAAUACAAGUCCGAGGGGAUCACUGUUCAGUGCGUCAAUCCUUUCCUGGUGUCCACCAACAUGAACAAAAUGAAGAGCAGUGCCUUUGUGAAGAGCGCUGACGCUUUCGCUCAAGAGGCCUUGAACACAGUGGGUUACUCCAGCUACACCAACGGCUGUCUCUUACAUGCACUGCAGAGCUCAGCUUUUGGAGUACUCAUGCCCGACUGUCUCCGUAUGUCUUCAUUCCUUGUGGCAAAGCUGCGCCGCGCAGCGUACCAAAGAAAUAUCCAAAGAGGAGUGUGCAAAGAGGUUAAGACAAGCUAGUAGGGGAACAACCACUGGACUAUCCCCUGCUUCUUUUUUAAGGUCAAUAACUUGUACGUUUAACGUGAGCUAUUCCACUGAUUAUCAAGAAUGCACACUUUAUACGCAAAGGUGUUAAAUGGAGGACGGAAAAGUGUUUUUCAGAUGUCUUAUUUUUAUGCAAUAGUACAAUUUUUGAUUUGAAAUAAAAUUAUUUUUCCAAAU